AUAUCUACUCUUUGUGAGAGUUUCAUUCCUGAGUGUUUAAGUGUUUUCAUACACUUUAAGGGAGUUUGUUCCCUUGUUGUAAACUCGAAGGAAGUUUCUUGUUCCUUCGUGAGAAGUCUUGGAGUGCGGUAUCUCCGAGCAAAGGUGUUGAGGCUCGUGUGACUCGGGUUCUCAAGUUGUAUCGAAUGAACAUUACAAAAUUUGUAGAUGAAUAUUAUAAUUAUAUUGAACCAAAUGUGUGAAAAUGAGUAUUGCUUUAUUUUAGAAUGAGUAUCGCACUAAUUAUAUUUGGACAAAAUAAGUACUACGUACUACUCUACUUCGAAAUGAGUAUUAUUCGGAUGUACAAUAGAUUUGUUUGUAUCAUAUAUACCUUCUCGUCACUCAACCAACCGUUCAAAUGAGUAAACAACCUAUGGUCAAAACAAGGGCCCUAAAUUCAAAUUUAAUUUCACCCGGAGACUAUACUGAAACCGGAGGGGAUUGCAAGGAUGAGCGAUCUCCUUAACCACGCCUCUUUUCCUACGCAGCCGUUGACGGCGGCGCCGACGAACGAUUCUCAGCCUCCGCCACUUUCGACCUAUGUCGAUGCCCCCCCAACUCAGCUCCCACAAGAAUCCACUCCGCCUCCCCAAUUCGAUCCCAGUCGAAUGAUUGGCAUCAUCAAAAGAAAGGCUUUGAUAAAAGAUUUGGCUGCUGCAUAUCACGCGGAGUGCCUUUCGUAUUGUCAACAGCUUUUGGAACUUCAAAAAAAACUUGAAGAGCGACAAGAUGACAUUAAAACUCCUGAGGAUUUGAGGAAAGAGCCAACAAGACCCGCAAAACGAUUGAAGAAAACUCGUUAAGCAUCUUCAGGCUUUGGCACAGGCCUCCAAAUUACAGUGUAUGGUGCUUUCCAUUCUAACAUUCUAAUUGUCACCUGAGGUUAGUAGAACAUGUAGUACAAACAGCCCUCCAAUGUUUGUCUAUACACACUGAAUUUGAGGUGUCUAGGAUUAUUCUAGAUUUGUUGUUGAAAAAUAAAACCUUUGUUGGGAGCACACUGUCCAUGAGAAUAUCUAUGGGGCAUCUGAAAUAGUCAAGGCAUAAACCAGGUUUUGGAUUGGUGGGUUCUCUCCAACAUUUUCCCAGAACACUUAGGCUCCGUUUGGUAUACGAAAUUUAAGCCAUGGAAUUGGAAACUAUAAU